AUGCAUGAGAUUAUUACUCUGCAAUUGGGUCAGCUAAGUAACUACGCAGCAACUCAUUUCUGGAACAUCCAGGAAUCCUACUUCACCUAUUCCGAGCAGGAUGAGUCCCCCGUGAACCACAACGUCCAUUGGCGUCCGGGUGUUGCUUUGGACGGCUCCGAGACCUUCCUCCCUCGUACCGUCAUCUAUGAUCUCAAGGGCGGGUUCGGUUCCCUCCGCAAGAUCAAUGCACUAUAUGAUGCAAGCGAGGAAGGCGCUCCCGCCCAUCUAUGGGAGGGAUCAGCACACGUCCACAAGCAGCCUCAAAUAGAGCAGAGCGCCUACCAGCAAAGUCUUGAUCGUGGCACGCCUCCUCCGGCACUCAAGUCGUCUGACGUGCGGUACUGGUCUGACUUCUCUCGUGUCUUCUACCACCCAAGGUCUCUCAAUCAGCUCUACGACUAUGAGCUUAAUUCAUCCAUCCAGCCUUUCGACAAAUGGGCGCUCGGCAAAGAGCUUUUUGACACCCUGGAUAAGGAGCAUGACAUCGUCGACCGAGACUUCCGUCCCUUCGUAGAGGAGGCCGACCAGAUGCAGGGUCUUCAGGUCGUGACGACCAUUGAUGACGCCUGGGGCGGCUUUGCGACCGACUACAUUGAGCGUUUACGCGACGAGUAUGGAAAGACAAGCAUCUGGGUCUGGGGUUUACAAAGCCCCGUCCCUGCAGCUAGAAUUGAUCAAAGACGCACUCAAAUGGCCAACACGGCGAGAACUGUCAAAGAUAUGUGCGAGUACGCUUCCAUGCUGGUGCCCUUGGCACUCCCUCAGACUCGACUGCACUCCAGCAUCAGCAUGGAUGUCCAAUCACCCUGGCACAGCACAGCCCUACUUGGUACCGCGAUAGAGACGGCAGCGCUUGCAUCGCGUUUGAGUCACAUGAAUUCUCGCAGCGGCGUACAGGCAACACUGAGCGAUCUCGUCAGUGGACUAAACCUGCGUGGCAAACAGACGAUGAGCCGGCUGCAGAUGAGCGUCCAUGGACCAAUUUCAGACGAGAACGCCGAGUCUCAAGAAUCACAGACAGCUUCCAACAAUGAUGAGGACACCAUCACCAAACUGGACACCGACUUCUUCGACAUACUGAGACACAAACUCUCAGCCAGCAGAGGGAAACUAAACGGCGCGACUGGCUCCCCUCACUUUUUCGGUCGGACUAUCACUGUUCGUGGCCGACCGAGGGGCCUAGAUAGCGCUGACCCGCAGGCCGAACGAACGAGAACUGCACUCGUGGAGACGAGCACAAAAAAGUAA